AUGAAGAUCCUAAUCCUUGCCUGCCUGGUGGCUCUUGCUCUUGCAAGAGAGAAGGAAGAACUCACUGUAUCCACUGAGACUGUGGAAAGCCUUUCAAGCAGUGAGGAAUCUAUUACACACAUCAACAAGCAGAAAUUUGAGAAUUUCAAGCAUGAGGAACAGCAGCAAAAAGAGGAUGAACGCCAGAAUAAAAUCCACCCCCUUUCCCAACAACAGCCUCUAAUCUAUCCUUAUGCUGAUCCCAUCCCUUACGCUGUCCUUCCACAGAAUGUCCUGCCUCUUGCUCAGCCUGCUGUGGUGAUGCCUUUCCCUCAGCCUGAAAUAAUGGAAGUCCCCAAAGUUAAGGAGAACAUCUUUCCUAGGCGCCAAGUGAUGCCCUUUCUUAAAUCUCCAGUAGUGCCCUUUUUGAACAGCCAAAUCCAGAAUCUCGCUGGUCUUGAAAAUCUGUACUUUCCUCAGCCUCAGCCUCAGCCUCAGCCUCAUCCUCUGCCUCUGCCCCUUCCUCUGCCUCUGCUCCAGCCCCUAUUGCACCAGAUCCCCCAGUCUCUUCCUCAGACUCACAUGCUUACUCCUCAGCCACUGCUCUCCAUCCCACAGUCCAAAGUCCUGCCUUUUCCCCAGCAAGUGAUGCCCUACCCCCAGAGGGACAUGCCCCUACAAGCCUUUCUGCUGUUCCAGGAGCCUUCCCGUGAGGCCCAUCCUGUGACUCAACCGAUUGCCCCAGUUUACAACUCUGCUAUUGUAAGUCCAAACUUACUAGCUUUGCUGUCUCACUUAUGA